CACCCUCGGGUCUCCGUCCUGAGGGCACCGAGGUCUCCUCCAUCUGCACCGCCUGGACCACAGGGACGAGACGCCAUGACCCCCAGCCUCACGGCCCUGCUCUGCCUCGGGCUGAGUGUGGGCCCAAGGACCCAGGUGCAGGCAGGCACCCUCCCCAAACCCACCAUCUGGGCUGAGCCAGGCUCUGUGAUCCCCUGGGGGAGCCCCGUGACCAUCUGGUGUCAGGGGACCCUGGGGGUCCGGGAAUUCCAUCUGAAUAAAGAGGGAAGCUCACCUCCCUGGUACAGAAAGCCCUCACUGGAGCCCGGGGACAAGGGCAAGUUCUCCAUCUCAUACAUGACACAGGACUACGCAGGGAGAUAUCACUGUUACUAUCUCAGCCCCACUGGCUGGUCAGAGCGCAGUGGCCCCCUGGAGCUGGUGGUGACAGGGGCCCACAGCAAACCCACCCUCUCAGCCCUGCCGAGCCCUGUGGUGACCUCGGGAGGGACCGUGACCCUCCAGUGUGGCUCAUGGGAGGGACUGCACGGGUUCAUUCUGACUAAGGAAGGAGAACCCAAGUCCUCCUGGACCCUGGAUGCACAGCGAGGCCCCCAUGGGCAGACCCAGGCCCUGCUCCCCGUGGGUCGCGUGACCCCCAGCCACAGGUGGAUGUUCAGAUGCCACGGCUUUUACAGGGACACCCCCCAGGUGUGGUCGGCCCCCAGUGACCCCCUGGAGCUCCUGUUCCCAGGUGUGUCUGGGAAGCCCUCCCUCCUGACCCUGCAGGGCCCUGUCGUGGCCUCUGGACAGAGCCUGACCCUCCAGUGUCGCUCUGACGUCGGCUAUGACAGAUUCGCUCUGUCCCAGGAGGGGAGACAGGCCCUCCCCCAGCGCCCUGGCCGGCAGCCCCAGGCUGGGCUCUCUCAGGCCGACUUCCCCCUGGGCCCGGUGACCAACACCCACGCGGGCCGGUACAGAUGCUACGGUGGACACAACCUCUCCUCCGAGUGGUCGGCCCCCAGUGACCCCCUGGACAUCCUGGUGGCAGGGUGGUUCCCUGACACGCCCUCCCUCUCGGUGCAGCCGGGCCCCGUGGUGGCCUCAGGAGAGAACGUGACCCUGCUGUGUCAGUCAGGGAGCACAAGGGAAACUUUCCUUCUGUCCAAGGAGGGGGCAGCCCAGCCCCCACUGCGUCUUAGAUCAAAGUACCGAGGUGGGCAUUUCCAGGCCGAAUUCUCCAUGAGUCCCGUGACCUCAGCCCACAAUGGGACCUACAGGUGCUACAGCUCACUCAGCAGUAACCCGUACCUGCUGUCACACGCCAGUGCCCCCCUGGAGCUCACGGUCUCAGGAGGCUCUGAAGUUGGGGCCCGUCCCCCCACGGAGCCAGGCCCGCAGACGGGUCUCAAAUGGUACCUGAACGUCCUGAUCGGGGUCUCGGUGGCCUUCGUCCUGCUGCCCCUCGUCCUCCUCGUCCGACACUGGGGUCAGAGCAGACGCAGGAAGUCGGGGGCUGCAGACCCAGAGCCCAAGGACACAGGCCUGCAGAGCAGCUCCUGCCCAGCCGCCGCCGCCCAGGACCAGGCCCUCUAUGCUGCCGUGAAGGACACACAGCCUGAGGACGGGGUGCAGCUGGACCAUCCGCAGAACAGGCAGGAUGCAGACCCCCAGGAGGGGACGUACGCCCAGGUGAACCACUCAAGAUCAAGACUAAGGCGGGGGGUGGCCACCUCUCCUUCCUCCCUGUCGGGGAGAUUGCUGGACACGAAGGACAGACAAGCGGAAGAGGACGAGCAGAGGGACGGUCAGGCCGCCGCAUCUGAAGCCCCCCAGGAUGUGACCUAUGCCCAGCUGAACCACUCGACCUUCAGACGGGAGACUGCAACCCCUGCCCCCCAGUCAGGGGAGCCCCCAGAAGAGCCCAGCGUGUAUGCUGCUCUCGCCGUCCGCUAGCCCACGAAGGACCCAGACCCCACGCUCCAGGGAGGAAGACUGCACGGACCCCGGAAGGCACAGGAGCUGCCUGCCUGCAGUGGACACCGCCUAACGACCAACAGACAGCCUGGACUCCCAACACAGACCACCAGGAGCCCCUGGGACCCUGUGGCAGUCACCUGAUUCUACCCUCAAAGAUAACUAAUAUCCUUACGUUUGGGAAAUAAUGCAACAGACUUCUCAAAAAUCAAUGUGUGAGGUGAAAACCAAAAUCAAAACGAAAAAAAAAACAAACAAAAAAACAAAACAGAAGUGGGAAAAUGUUUUCAAUGAAUGAUAAUGUAAAUAAUACACAUCAAAACAUAUGAAAUGAGAAAAUUAACAAUCAUGACUGAAUAUAUUAGAAAAGGCUUUAAAAAAAUCGAUGACCUAACAUAUCAUACCAAGACUUCAGGAAAAAAUAGCGAAUUAUUUCAAAUGAAGGUAGAAGGUGGGAAUAAUAAUGACAAGGGUAGCUAAUAAUGAAGACAACCAAAAAGUAGAGAAAAUCAAUUAAGGCAAAAAAUAAACUCAUUCUUGAAAACAUUCAUGAAUCCUAGCCACCACAGCCGAGGGAAAAAGAGAAGGCUCACACUUCUAAUAGCAUGAAAGGGAUUGCAGACAGCACUACAAAUCCUACAGACGUUAUAAAGACAGUAACAGAACAUUAUGAGAAAUUUGACGCCAACAUACAGAAAAUGUAGAUGGGAUGGAAAUCUUCACGUGUACAAUUUACUAAAUGGAUAUAAGAAUAAAUGGAAAAUCUAUCACCUUAUACAUUGACUCUAAUCAAAACUUACCCAUGACUGAACUAUAUAGAAUCUAACAAAGUCAAAAUGAAAGAAAUAGUAGAAUGCUGGUUCCCGGGGUUGGAGCGAGGGGGAAAUGGGAAGAUAUUGGUCAAAGGGCACAAGCUUCCAGUUAUAAGAUGAAUAAGUUCUGGGGAUCUAAUAUACAGCAUGGUGGUUACAGCUAAUCACACUGUAUCCCAUUCUUGAGUGUUUUGAAGAGAGCAGAUCUCAAAUGUUCUCACCAAAAAAAGAAAUGGCGACUGUGUGAUGGGAUGCAGACAAAUGCUGUGACGGUCAUCAUUGUCCGAUGUGUAAGUGUGCAGUUCAGGGCGGCUUCACUGGUGAUUUCUUCCGAGCACUUACGUACUCGUGAAAGACACAUACACACGCACUCACACCCCAAAAUUGCACAAACAUUUCCCAAGAACAGAAAAAGAAGAAACAUACCUCAACACAUCAGAUCAGGAAAAUAUUUACACCAAAACCUGACAAGGGAAUUAUACAUGGGGAAGUCACAGGAAGAUCUCUCACAUGAGCUUAGAUGGAAAUCCCUAAAUAAAGUGUACACAAAUGAGAUGUAGUGAUACAUUAAAAGGACAUUACUUCAUGACCAUACUGUGGGGUUUUUUUUCGAAGGAUAGAGUAACUUAAAAUUUUAAAAAUCUAUCACAUAAUGCAAUACCUUAAUAGAAAAAAUAAAAAAUAAUCACCUGAAUAGAUGCAGACAAAGCCUUUGAUAAAAUAUACCAACAAUUCCUGGUGAAAAUAAAAACACAUCAGAAAUAGAAGGGAAUUCCCUUUCGUUGAUGAGGGCAUGUUUAACAACACUAGACGUCACUUGUACAGGUGAGAACCUGAGGUCCUUUCGUCUACGACUGGCAAUGAUCCAAGUAUGUUCCGUAUGACCACUUGUAUUCACCAGGGCCCUGGAGGCACCAACCAAGUAAGUGAAACAAAACAAGGCGAGAAGCUCUGAAGUGGGUAAGAAUAAUAUUGUAUUACUAAGAGACUGCACAGCUGUGUUCGCAGAAAAUCGAAAAUAAUGUAAAGAUCUUCUACUCUAAUUAAAAAGUUUUCCUGCAUCGCUGCAUACAAGGUCAAUAUAUAGAAUUCAACUGCCUUCGAGACUUCCGGUUCUGGAUGGAGAUGAAGUAAAUGAAUGUCUCCCUGUUCCCUGACUUUAUACCAGUGACCUGAUUGUAUACUGCUGACUUCCAAGAGCCGGAAGAUAAUAUAUUUGGGCUGUUUUAAUCCACCAAGUUUGUGGUAAUUUGUGGGACAGGGAAACAAUACAACCACUUGAAUUUA